CCACCCAGCUCCUCCUCAUCCCUCAUCCACAUAACCGGAGUUCAGAAGGAUGUGCCUUUUCACACCACUCUCACCUCAGUCGCAACUGCAAGCACACUGAUGGGCUGGACUCUGCAUGUACUCCUGCUGGGCCUGCUACUGCCAGGGUUGCAGGCCUUUAAGCCUUUACUGGGAAACUCCAUCACCCACCGGAAGAUAACUGAGAUGGCCAUCCUGCGCAAAACCACAGAGGUCUGCCAAGCAUUGGCCAUCACCGAGGGGAGAGAUUCCCCCAUUCCUCUUGUGGUAUUCUCUCUGAAACAGAUCGGUAGAAGACUGUCUGCAUCUAAAGUGCAGAGAGCCUGCUCACACAACAACGGCUCCCUGGAGUCUGCUGUCAAUUUCAAGGCCUCCAUCAUAACAAUGUACGUGAGCAAUGCAGAAGUGGAUGUCAUUUACCAUCAGAGUGAUCGGCACCACUUCAAAGGGGAGGACCUCACAGGCAGCCGGGCCCUCAUCACAGAUGGCAUGGCCAGCAUAAAGGCCAAUAUCCGGCAGGAGAACUUUAUCUCAGCAAGAUUUACUCUGGGGAUGAUCUGCCACACCCUGCAGGAUUUCUAUAGUAACAGUAACUGGAUUGAACUGGAAAACAAGCAUCCAAACACCAACCUGAUCCGACCAGAUGAAAGCAUCGGAGCAGCUUGA